AGAAGCGGCCGCCACUGCCGCCGCCGCCGCCUCCUCCUCCACCUCCCUCCUUGCCUGCCUCCGGCCGGGGCGGCGCGGGAUGCCAAGAUGCCCCCGGCGGGCGCGGCCGGGCUGCUGCUGGCGCUGCUGCUGGCGCUGGGGCCGCGGGCGCUGCGGGGCUGGCCGGGCCGGGGAGGGUCGGCCGGCUCGGGCCCCUCGGAGCGGGCGGCGCUGGCGCGGGAGCGCUUCAAGGUGGUCUUCGCGCCGCUCAUCUGCGAGCGGACCUGCCAGAAGGGCCGCUGCCGGGACAGCUGCAAGCCGGGCAGCAACAUGACGCUCAUCGGCGAGAACGGCCACGCCAUGGACACGCUGACCGGCUCCGGGUUCCGCGUGGUGGUCUGUCCUUUGCCUUGCAUGAAUGGCGGGCAAUGCACAUCUGGCAACCACUGUCUGUGCCCGCCAGAAUUCACCGGCCGCUUCUGCCAGGUGCCCGUGAACCGCCAGGGGCAGCAGGCGCGGGCCUCUAGCGAUGGGGCCGCCGCGGAGACGGGCUCCAGCAAGCACGCCAUUUACGCUGUCCAGGUCAUCUCGGAUCAUCACAGUGACAGCCCCGCGGGUCCGGGUUCGAAAGGCACCGUGAGCCACUCCGCUUUUAUGGUGCCCCUGGGCCAUCACUCCUCCGAAGUUCAGAUGCACCAGCCGCUGGUCAAUGUCCGGGUCCAUCAUCCGCCGGACGCCUCCGUGAAGGUCCACCGGAUCGACAGCCUCAGCUCGGAGGGGAGUGGGCCAGGGGGAGCCCACCAUCUCAUCCAGCACCCGGCUCCGAAAGCGGCCUACACUCGUCCCCCCGCCCAGAAACCCUUAGGGCGCUGUUUUCAAGAGACGCUGCCCAAGCAGUCGUGUGGGAGCAACCCGCUUCCGGGUCUCACGAAGCAGGAAGAUUGCUGUGGCAGCAUCGGCACCUCUUGGGGCCAGACCAAGUGCCACAAAUGCCCCCAUCUGCAAUAUCUGGGUGUGCAAAAGACGAUGGGGAGUGAUUGUCCGCAGGGAUACAAGCGACUUAACAGCACUCACUGCCAGGACAUCAAUGAGUGUGCCAUGCAAGGCGUGUGCCAAGGAGGGGAGUGUUUGAACACCCAAGGAAGCUUCCGUUGCGCCUGUAAACCAGGGCAGGUUUUGGGACCUUCGCGCACCCACUGUGUGCCGGAGAAAGCCGGGGAGAGGAGCCUGUGUUUCCGUCUGGUGAGCCCCGAGCAGCAGUGCCAACAUCCGCUGUCAACCAAGCUGAGCCGGCAGACCUGCUGCUGCAGCGUGGGCAAAGCCUGGGGUGUCCAUUGCGAACGAUGCCCGGCCGACGGAACGGCAGCGUUCAGAGAAAUCUGCCCUGCGGGGAGGGGCUACCACAUUCAGACCUUGCACCAAACGCUGACCAUCCAAGGAGAGAGUGAAUUCCUACUCCAGAUCCACCCGGACGCUACUAGUGAUGCGCCACAACCACGCCCGGAGCCCCCCACCCCUCCCGCCCUGGGCAGCGAUUCACAGGAAGCAGAAGCCGUUACUCCAGCGAUGUUGCCCAAAGACACGACGAUUUCGGAAGAGCAGGGGGUACUUUUCGGCAACACCCCGACUUUGGGUCCUCGGUACCCCGUGGUGAUCACCAAGCCAACUGUCGCAGUCGUGGUGAAGUACCCCGAAGAGGACAGAAUGGAUGAAUUAUACAUGGCCCCAACUCAAGAGACCGAGGUGGACAUGUGCAAAUUAAAUCACAACAUCUGCAGCCAUGGUGAGUGCAUCCCGACGCGGACCGGAUUCUUCUGUCAGUGUUACCAUGGUUACCGGUGGCAUCCUCAGCACGGGUAUUGUGUAGAUAUAAAUGAGUGUGAAUUGGAGCUGUGUGGCCAUGGGAAAGGCGUGUGCAUGAACACCGGCGGGUCGUACAAUUGCCACUGCAACCGAGGCUACCAGCUGAAGGUGCAGAAGGGGGUCCGAUCCUGCUCAGACAUUGAUGAAUGCGCCCGGCCCAACAUCUGCGGAGACGGCGGUUCUUGCAUCAACUUCCCAGGACACUACAAAUGUGACUGCCAUGCGGGCUAUCGGCUGAAGCCCUCCCGGCAGCCGUUGUGUGAGGAUAUUGAUGAAUGUCUUGACCCUGGAACUUGUCCUGAUGGGAGAUGCGAAAAUAAACCUGGGAGUUAUAAAUGUAUCCCCUGCCAGCCAGGCUUCCGGGCCCAAAACGGCAUAUGUUACGAUGUGGACGAAUGCGCUGAGGAUGCUGCCUGCAAACACGGCUGGUGCGAGAACAUGGCCGGCUCCUUCCGCUGCUCCUGCGGUGAAGGCUUCGUGCCUGCCGCUGAUUUCCGCAGCUGCGUUGAUGUCAACGAGUGCCAGAACGGUUCGUUGUGCACCCAUGGGGUUUGUGUAAACACACUGGGGUCUUUCAAGUGCCAGUGUCCGGCUGGUUUCCAGGCAGUGAAGGAUGGGCCUCGCUGCAAAGAUGUGAACGAAUGUGAGUUCCCGGCUGCCUGCAUCGGGGGCGAGUGUGUCAACACGGUGGGGUCUUACCAGUGUCUUUGCCGGACGGGAUACCAGCUGGAGAGGAAUCGAAAAUGCCAAGACAUCGACGAGUGUGCAAGAGAUCCUGACCUCUGCCAGCCACACGGGGUGUGCGAGAACACCGAGGGCUCCUUCGUGUGCGUGUGUGACGAGGGAUUCACGCUGGCCAAAGACCAGCAGAGUUGUGAAGAGGUGCCUCACCACAAAAAAGAGUGUUACCUGAACUUCGAUGACAGCGUGUUUUGCGACAGCGUGCUCGCCACCAACGUGACACGCCAGGAGUGCUGCUGCUCGCUCGGGGCUGGCUGGGGAGAUCACUGUGAGAUCUAUCCGUGUCCCGUUCUCAACUCGAUUGAGUUCCACACUCUGUGCCCGGACGGCAAAGGGUUCAUCCUGGAUGAGACGAUCCUGAAUUACGGCAUCCCGACGCAUCGAGACAUCGACGAAUGCACCCUGUUUGGGGAAGAGAUCUGCAAGGAAGGGAAGUGUGUGAACACGCAGCCGGGCUACGAGUGUUACUGCAAGCAGGGCUUCUACUACGAUGGCAACCUCUUGGAGUGUGUCGAUGUGGACGAGUGUUUGGACGAGUCAAACUGUGUGAAUGGACGCUGCGAGAACACUCGGGGCAGCUUCCGCUGUGCCUGCCCGGCCUCAACCACGUAUGAUCCAGCCCAGAAGAAGUGCGUCCCAGCCAGCAAAACUGACAAAGUGACCGAUCGACGGGACGUCUGCUGGCAACUCCGGGCCGAGGACGGGAUGUGUUCCUCCCCCUUCGGGGGCCAACAGUUGACGUACGAGGAGUGCUGCUGCCACCACGGCAAAGGGUGGGGUUACCACUGCCACGCCUGCCCACCACGCAGCCCAGGUUUCAACUGCCAGUCUGCUCCAAGCGAAAGCAAUUCCUUCUGGGACUUCAGUACCCCUUUUGGGGAGGUGCAUAAAGAUGCCGACAGCUCAGAAGAGGAUUCGGACGAAUGCCGCUGCCUGCACGGGCGCUGCGUCCGCACCCAGCAGGGUUCUGUGUGCGAAUGUCCCACAGGCUUCCAGCUGGACAGCACUCGCACCCGCUGCCUGGAUAUUGACGAGUGCCAGGAGCUAAACCAACGGGGACGGCUUUGCAAAAGCGAACGCUGCGUGAACACCAGCGGUUCCUUCUUCUGUUCCUGCAAGGCGGGCUACACGCGGUCCUGGCCGCGCGGAAUCUGCAUGCCUCAGCGAUAGCGUGUCGUACUGACCACAGCAUGGAAAGACGGGGGACGUGGCCAACUAUGAAUGCCCCACGAAUGGCCGUAGUGAGCACCUUCUUGCUGUCCAUCGUUGGAAACUGGAUCCUGGGCUGGGAGCAACUUUUUUUAGUCUUAAAUUCAGCAAGGCAUUUUAUUAAGGACCUUUUUUUUAAAAAAAAAGUUCUUCCAGCUACUAUGAGGGGCAUUGAUUUUUGCUAUAGAUUUUAUACCUAUUCGCAAUUUCUGUUCCUUUAACCUGCUGGAUUGUUAGGGUUUUGAUUUUUUUUAAAAAAAAAAAAAUAGUUUGCACUUGUUUCUAGAGGAUUCAGAAAUAAAAAGAAACAUUCUUUUGUACAUAACGGACAUUGGUGGAAGGAAAAUAAAAGACGGAAACUUCAAAAUUAAUCUGCUAAUUAAAGAAAACAGGAAAUUGCCAUAUAAA